AUGUUUCGCCGGUUUCAACGAUCUCCUGUGCCAGCAGAGGAAUCUACCUCUCCAAAACCUAACGUCGUGGUCAUUGGAGGUAGUUAUGUUGGCGGGGCUGUGGUCGAUUCCCUUGCGUCCUCCCUUUAUCGAACGCACAAUAUCGUGCUCAUCGAGAAGAACUCUCACUUCCAGCAUCUCUUUGCCUUUCCCCGUGUAAGCGUUGUCCCCGGUUUUGAAAACAGAGCCUUUAUUCCUUUCACGAAUGCGUUCCAUGGGAGUCCACCUGGUUCUACCUCUGUGGUGCAUGCUAUCGUGGAGGAGGUUCUCCCCGGAAAAGUCGUGCUGGAUAAUGGAACCGGCAGACCUGGACGUCUUGUGUCGUACGAGAAGGCAGUAGAGACUAGGCGAUUUAGGGACAUCCAGGAAGGUAUAUCCAAAGCGAGGCAUAUCACAGUUAUUGGGGGUGGCGCGUAUGGUGUCCAAACUGCGACGGAUAUCAAGGACCAUGAUCCGUCGAAGAAGGUUACGGUCAUACAUUCUCGGCCUAACCUGAUGAGCCGGUUUCAUCCCAAGUUGCACGAGAUCGUGAUGGAGAAGUUCAAAGCCGUUGGUAUCGAGGCGAUCCUUGGUCAGCGGGUGACUAUACCCGAGGGAGGAUUCCCCAAUGAUGGCUCGGAGUUUGUCAUAUCUCUGGCUAAUGGGAAAGAGGUGAAGACGGAGCUGGCGAUUGUCUGUAUUGGCGCCGUCCCUCUGAGCGCACCUUUGCUUUCUUUAUCCCCUUCAUCCGUUGACCCACAGACGAAGUACAUCAAAGUGCGACCGACCCUUCAGAUUGCGGACCCGGAUUACCCGAACGUGUUCGCUGUUGGGGAUGUUGCUGAUACCGGGGCACACAAGGCUGCGCGCCCGGGGGGGACGCAAGCCAGGAUCGCCGCUUAUAACAUAGAAAAGCUCGUACAGGGAAGAGACUCGGAUCUGCAGGCAUAUUACCCAGAUACGGGGGGCAUAGGCUUGUCGUUGGGAUUUGUCAGAUUCAGGAAUCCGUCUACGCCUGGCGGUGAGCCUUCCUGGAGACAGGGUUUCAAGCCGUUCAAGACCAAAGGUAAUAUGGAUGCAGGUUGUCGAAAGAUGUGGGAUCGACGGGCUCCUGGUGUGAAGGAUUAUGAUCUGUAG